AUGUAUUUUUCUCCUACACCAGGAAAAAUGGAUUUGUUUUCUUUGCACAGUGGUAGGAAGUUUAAUUCGCAGUUCUCACUGAGACCUUACUUGACGAACGAAGAGAAUUCUACGACAAGUUCAUCGAAUCGUACUGACGACGAUGUUGCUCCUGUUGCCGCUACCGAUAAGGUAGUUGUAGUUGGAGCGGCUUCGCCCCUCAGCACUGGUUCCAGUGACUUGGAGAAGGAUUCUGCAUCUGUUUCUUCUGAAGCUUCGUCUUGCGAAGUGACAUGGGAGGGACUGGACGACAAACUGGAUCCAAGGAAUUGGUCGACAUUGAGGAAAUGGAUUGUGAUAUUCCAAAUUUCUAUGAUUGCUUUUGUGGUUACCUUUGGUUCUAGUAUUUAUUCGUGUGCGGUGGAUGAAGUUCAUGAUGAUUUUCAUGUAUCUAUACCGGUCGCAACCUUGGGUUCCUGUGUUUAUUUGGUUGGGUUUGGCAUGGGGUCUAUGGCAUUUGCACCGUUAAGUGAGGUCUAUGGGCGCUUAAUCGUGUAUUUGAUAACGCUCUUGGGAUUUGUGCUCUUUCAGAUUGGCGGAGGUGCUGCCACGAAUAUACAGACACUGAUCAUCAUGCGUUACUUCCAAGGUGUCUUUGGAAGUACUCCUUUGGCUAAUGCUGGUGGGACUAUCAGUGAUCUAUUCACGCCUGCUCAGAGAACGUAUGUCUUACCUGGCUUUUGCACGUUCCCGUAUCUCGGUCCAGUGCUCGGGUCAAUAAUUGGAAGCUUUAUCGUUCAGAGCAAAUUACGUUGGAGAUGGUGUUUCUGGAUUAACAUGAUAUGGGCUGGUAGCACUUGGGCUAUGGCUUUCUUCAUAUUACCAGAGACGCAUGGUCCUACUAUUUUAAGUUACAAGGCGAAGUACCUACGAGAGGUUACGGGGAACACAAAAUGGCAUACCGAGUUUGAAAGAAGUCGGAACCCAAAGAACGCCAUUUACCAAGCAGCAACGAAAUCCGUAACCAUCAUUUGUACUGAGCCUAUUGUUGUUUGCUUUACGCUUUACCUAACCCUUGUGUAUGGCGUCGUUUACAUAAACUUUGAAAGUUACCCUAUCAUUUUCAAAGGCUAUGGGUUCAAUACCGGUGAGGUUGGUCUUUCUUUUAUUGGAAACGGGCUUGGCAUCAUCAUAGCCGGUUUAGCAACUCCUUUGGUUUAUAAGCACUAUAAGCACUGCCUGAAAAAACGGAACAAUAAAGUUGUUCCGGAAGACCGUUUAUAUCCCUUACUACCUGCUUCAUUCCUUUUGCCGAUAUCUUUGUUUUGGUUUGCAUGGACGUCUUAUACGUCUGUUCCAUGGAUUGUUCCUAUCAUAAGUACGAUAUUCUUUGGCAUUGGCUUGUUGAUUACGUUCUUUGUAUCUUACAAUUACAUUAUUGACUCUUACCAAGGAUUUGCAGCCAGUGCUCUUUCAUCCGCUACUCUUGUCCGGUAUUCGGCAAGUGGCGGAUUGACCAUGCUGGCACGUCCUAUGUUUUUGCAUCUUGGGACACAGUGGGCCAUGUCACUCUUAGCUUUCUUGGCUGUUGUUAUGGUGCCAAUUCCUUUUUUGUUUCUUAAAUAUGGAAAGCGGAUUCGUCAGAUCAGUCGGGAUGCUUGUAAGGACUAGGGCAGCAGAUCUUCCACAAAGUUGCCGGGGGCUUCUCUGAAAAUGAAAUGUGAAUACGUGCUGUUGUUCCUAACUUCUGAGGCUGUGUAUCUUGCUUGAAACAACAGUAUUCUAUAGAGAUUAUUUGCUUACGGGUUAUAUUCUAAUAAAGUCUUCUACAUUCAUGAAGCCCCUUGAAUUUGAUCGACGGUAAUGGAAUUUGCGUAUCUUAGGUAUUGCCUAUUUGUGCAUCUUAAAUAAACAAUUCCGUUUAGGAUCCACUCUGAUUCUGAAUGACUCUCGUUCCAACUACUUAAAGUUUAAUGACAUUGCGUUUUAUUUGUAACAACUAUGAACUGCAUGAUUCAUCUGAAGUUAAUAGCUGCUUAUAAAUGGUCUUGAGGAGCGAUUCCGUGCAAAAUUAGUGCAUUCAAUGUUAGCGAACACAAAACGAUACUUUUCUUCCCCUUCGUUCAUUUUAUAUUGACAAGUUUAGCGUACUUUUACAUGUUCAAAGGUGCGUAUCAAACGUUACAGAUUCUCCACUGGCUGAACCUUGAAUACUGGCACUAAUGACCCGCUGGACAGAGAGCGUGUGUUGAGGUGGGACAGGUGUCAAACUUCUGUCGUUGUUCUCGAUACAUUUGGCAAUUUGUCUGUAAAAGAAACGAUAGUCACCAAUAGUUGUUGGAACAGUCUCUUUGAUAAUAUCAGGUUCAACUACAUCGUCUGUAUACCAUAAAGAUCCAUAAUUGUCCGGAUGGUCUUUUCCGUAUGCUGGGUCGUCAGGUUUCAUACCCUUGGCAAUCUGUUUUUCCUGAGGGUCGAAGCCUUCCUUGACAAAUGUACCCUUCGUUCCUCGCACAAUAAACCUUGGAGUGUAGCCAGGGGCGACAAAUGUUGAUCUGAGAAUUACUUCUGUUGGGAGUUGUUCAUUAUCGGCUGAGUAGUGCAGGACAAUGUAAUAAUAAUCGUCCAAACCCAAAGGCGGAAACUGCCUUUGAUUCAUUACUUUAGCAGUGACGCCUACGGGUUCACCAAAAAGAGCAAUCGCUUGGUCGAUAAGAUGAGAACCAAUGCCAUACAGUAAACCAUUGGCAUAACCCAGUUCUCCUUUCCAACUUUUCUUUGAUCCAAGGGAAACUGAGUAUCGGUCAAAAUGAGAUUCGAAUUCAACAAUUUGUCCCAAUCUUCCUGACUCGAUAAGAUUCUUGACCGUCAUAUAAUCGCCAUCCCAUCGACGGUUUUGAUAGACACACAAAAGCCGGUCCACUUUGUCGGCUAGUUCAAACAACUUCUUGGCUUCCUCAACAGUUUCUGUAAACGGUUUUUCACAAACAACGUGUUUAUGGGCGUUUAAAGCCUUUGUAACAAUUUCCUCAUGACAAGCAGGCGGAAGGGAAACCACAACGAGCUCAAUAGCAGUGUCAGCCAAAAGUUCAUCGACGUUUGUGAAGACUUUUAUGUUUGGAUACUUCUCCUUCGCUUUUGAGUACGUUUCUGUUGCCCGUCUUUCCCAACAAGCAUAAAGCUCAUAUUGCUUUGGAAGGGCUUCUAAGUAUGGAAAAUGAAAAAUGGAGGCAGAGACGCCUGUGCCAAGAACAGCUACUUUUAUACGUGCCAUAAAAUAACGUGAAAAUGGAUACCUUCCUUUGCUUAAUUAAAGAAGUUUUAAUGCGCUGUUGGUAACUAGUAAUCGGUAUGUAGGUGUUUCCUUAAGUGAGAGUCUUCAUCCGCUUCGUUUGACAAACGAAUUAUUGAAACGUCAUCCUGUGUUCAUCUCACGUUUUCGUCUACAUCAGUAUGCUACAGUAGUAACUUCAGUUUACCGACAUUUCGUCUCGAUAGCAUCUUAUAUGAGUUGAAAUGUGCAACCGAAAAGCUUAAUCCUUGUAAACUUCAAUUGACGAGACCCACGAUCAUGAUUAGCAAUUAGCGCUUUAAGAGAAGCAUAUGAUAAUACGAAUCAGCUUGUCGUCGUUUGUUGAUGAAUGUGGUUCGUUAAUAUCGCUUAUGUGUGAGAAGGAGAGAGUCAACGAGCAAAUGGCUCAUUUUUGGGAAGCUUAGUAAUCGUAGCGUGUUAUUAUUUUCAGAUGACUUCUAUAACCCGUCUGGGGCCAGG